AUUCAGUAUUCACGCUCUCGUCGAUCCGAUUUGGUGGGAGACGUGGGAACUAUUCGCGAAAAUAUUUCGUGCGCAUAUUUCGAAAGUCUAACGGACUGUUUAAAAAAUUUUUACAUUGUUUAGUGUCGUUUCGUUGCCGCUUCUUGGUUGGAACUUCAAGAAAAUGAAGACGGAGGACAAAAAUAACGUAGCGAAAGUGCGUCUAGCUGUCAUAGGAAAAUCACACGUCGGCAAAUCAGCACUCACUGUUAGAUAUUUGACAAGACGAUAUAUAGGAGAAUACAGAAGUAACACUGAUCUUCUCUACAGACAAACUGUAACGAUAAACAGCAUACCUCUGGAGGUAGAAGUGGUGGAUGUUUGUAGCUGUGAACUAUCUCUCUUUCCCGAAGAAGCUAUAUACUGGGCUGAUGCGUGUGUCGUUGUUUAUGACGUCACAUGCAGGGAAUCACUAACGCAUGCCACUGAACUUCUACAGCGAGUGACUCAACUCAGAAGUCAAAUGCCAACUGUUCUUCUAGGGAACAAAUGCGAAUUGGAACAUUUGAGACAAGUCGAAGAGGUGGAAGGCCGAACAAUAGCCAUCCAAAACAAAUGCCAGUUUCACGAAGUGUCAGUCGCCGAAAACUCCAAAGCCAUCUACACAGCUAUCGACACCAUCCUCAACGAGUGCCGGUCUGUGCAGUCAACUCAAAAAACGAGAAAAUUCUCAGUGUCUAAAAUGAUAGGGACGCUUAUAGGAAGUACGAACGGCAAGAUAUCUCCCAACACAAAUCAAGGAGGCACAGUCGUCGUCUGUCAUAAAUCCGACCUCUACAAAUCUAGAAUCCUAAGAAGGAGGCAGAACUUUACAGCUACAGCUUCACUCUGACUAUCGCAGGGGCAGGACAGUACUGCUCGAUAAUUUUUCACCAAGAAUUGGGAUGCUGUUGACAGUGUCGUAUCGUGGGAAUUAUUGGUCUUUUCAGUUUUAUGGAAAGUUCGCAGCUGGAGUUUCCUCUUUUGAGCUCAAUAAAAAAAUAAUAUUAUUACAGACAAAUUUGUCUUGUUAAUAAUGUGAACGUUUUUUAUAUUUGAUUUUCGAAUAACUUUGUAAAGGUUUUCCGAUAGAAUGAUACAAUUUCAGAUGGUCAUAUUGGUAACACUGUGUGUUAUUUUUUGACAUUUCUUAUGUCAUUUAUGUUUAGUAGGUUAUGUCAUUCGAUCGUGGAAAGAUCUACUAUUCAACAUUCAGCCAUUCAUGAAUUAUUUCACUAUUCAUCAUAUUGACAUAAAAAUGCCAAAAAUUAUUACACAGUGUUGCCACUAUACCCAUUUUGAAUUGUAUAAUUUCUAUUGAUAAACCUAUAUUAUCCUUUUUCAGAGGAUAUUCUUCUAAGGUAUAAUACCAAAAAAUAAUUUGUUAGAUAGAAAAACUUAGUGUUGAUGAAUGUUUUCAAAAAUCAAAGGAAUAUUUCUAAUAGCCUCAAAUUGUUAUGAGAAGUGUUCCAACAUAUAUCAUUAGUUGAUAUAAAAAAUCACUUGGCUUCUGUUGAUCGGGAACUAAGGGAUUUUUAAAAUUUUACGUGAAUAUCAAAAUUAUUCUUCAGAAUUUGCCUUCUUUAAUAUAAUUAUUCAAUUUUUGAGUAAAAUCAAGAGAAUUUUUUCCAAAGCACACAGAAUCUGAAGAAUAAAUCUUAGAUGAAAAGAUUGCCAAAUGAUAAUAUUCAUAUCUAUCAUUUAUAGUUUCCAUAUAUCAGUUUCUAGAAUUUAAAUUUCGUCGUAGAAAUCCAAUCGAUGCUUCAAAUAAUUUCACAAUUCUUAUUAGUUGACUCUAGUACUAAACUAAGAGGACUACCAAAAACUUUGAGUUUCUGAAGGAAAAAUACCAGGCCAAGGAUAACUAACCUUUUUUUUUACAAAAUUUAUUUUACAAUACCUCCAGAACAAUAACAGUUUUGAGAACAAUAAAGAUAUUCUCUCCAUCUAGGGUCUAAGCCAUAAUUCAGAUUACUUAAGUAUGACGUCACAUCAUAUUUUAAUUGAUGUAAUAAAUUGUGAUAUUAUUCUACAGAUGAUAGUGAGGCAGAAAAAAAUUUCGAAAUUUCAAAAAUUUUUUAAGUAAAUCAAGGAUAGAUGCCAAAAAUGUGUAUAUAGUAGUAUUUAUGUGUAGGUUUGCUACUCAGACUGUGAUAAUAGAUUAAUUAAAUGAUUUUGUAAAUUUGGAAAUUAUAUGACUUAUUGUCAUUAGUUUUAUAAAUUAUUUGAUUUGAUGCAAUUCUUAUGAUUCAAUUGUAUGAAAUAUAUUUGUAUUUAUUGAAA